AAUCAGUCACCAUGUCGUCUGCACUGCUGCCCAAGCCGCAGAUGCGGCGCCUGUUGGCCAGGAGGAUGAAGUUUCACCUAUUUGGGGCGUUCUUUGUGUCUUUGGGAUGUGCAGCUUUGUACAAGUUUGGAAUUGCUGAACCCAGAAAACGAGCUUAUGCAGAGUUCUACAAGAACUAUGAUCCCAUGAAGGACUUUGAAACCAUGAAGGCAGCUGGUGUGUUCGAGUGUGCACCACCCAAAUGAUGAUCCCUGUCAGUUCAAGGAGAGUUGAUGACCGAUCCUUACUUGCUCACUGAAUUGUGAAAUGUAAUGCACUUCAGUGCAUGGCACCCUCUAAUGUAACUCAAUAAAUAAAAUACAUAUGUCAGUG